AUGGUGCAACCGACCAAGCUGGCGCAACGCAUGAAGAAGGACGGUGGCUCCUCGACAACCAAUGGAGAUUCAAAAAAGCGGAAAGGCUCUCUCAACACCGUGUGGGGCACCGCCGACUUUGAUGGAUAUGGCGUCUACGGUGUUGGCGACCACAGUGACGAACAGGACGAGAACAAGGAUACCGGCAACACCGAUCCAGUCCCCACUCCACGCAAGAGGAAAUCUGGAGGAGCCAGUGGUGGCGGAGCCAAAAUUGGUGGCGCCGAAGUCAAAACAAAACAGCCCCGGGAGGAUGCCCCGUCAAAAAAACAGAAAUCAGGAACAACUAUAUCCAACCCACCUGUCAAUACGGCCUUUCUCAACUACUUCAAUAAGGUCCACGUCAACGAUCCCAAGAAACUCAAUGAGUCGGCAUCACGUUCAUCAAUUCCAACACCCUCACCACCUUCAGCACCACCUCGGACAGCCUCAGAACACCGGCCCACCAUGUCCUUGAAGAAGAUGUUUGACCUGCCACCACCGCCGAGCUCGCUACGACCAAAGGAGACGCCGACAAAGACGAAUCCUCAGGAGGUUGCUAAAAAGGCGAUUAUCGAAUCUGUUGACCUGACGGAUGAAACGCCACCAUCAUCAGGAAAAUCCAGUCCGCCUGACUCUGAACCAGCACUGCGGGGGACAGGAGAGAAGAACGACAACGUCACCAGAUCCACCGCCAGCGUGAACGAACCAGGGAUGGACAAGCCAGCGACAGAGAUGAUGGACGUGGACGACGAUGCGCCAGCCCAGUCUACGCCAGUCCAGUCCAAAAAGCCCGCAACCAAACCUCGAUCAAGAGCAACGACGUCCAAGAAGGUUGUCCUCAGUGAAGAAUUGGAGGAGAGCCCAAAGACAACACCAGCCAAGGGAUCAAGAACCAAGAAGCGGAAACCAGUAACAAUAGAUAAACAGGGAUUAGAGACCAAGAUCGAUGACGCGUCUGAGGCACCAGACGAAGACCCACCCAAGGAGGAUCCUCCCAAGACUCGAUCGAUGCUUGAGUUUUUCAAGGUCCAGCCAAAGCCAGAUGUCAAAUUUGCGGAUGGUCCACAACACAAGGCGCCAGUAGGAACAACUAUCGGCGAGGAGUCAAAAUUGGCAACAACAAAAGCAACAGCAACAGAGGACGAGGACCAGAAUCGGACACCGAUGUUCAGUCGUCCUCAGUGCCAUCCUUCGAAGCCCAUAACCUCUUCGUCUUCCGCUGCAAUCGAGAGCACUGUGACAACACCAAUCGAUGAAACGCUUAAAGAAGACAUCAGGAAGGUCGCCGUGAAGGAACCAGCGCCAUUGACCGAUGAGGUGACAUCCCCAAGUCAUUCGGAGAAGCCAGCUCAGCCGCGACGACGCAGACUUGUUAGAGCCAGCCAACUUCAGCACAACUAUAACGAGUCUUCGGGCAGUGAUGAAGAGCAGGAAGGGCCAGUCCAGACUGCACGUCAACGACGCGCACCCAAGAAGCACAAGCAAGAUGCCGGGGCUGAGCGGGACACUGACCCUUUGCCAGAGUCUGAACCAGAGCCAAAGCCAGAGUCCGAACCGGAGCCCGCUCAUGUUGCCAGAUCCAGACAAUUUCUCAAGUCGUACUUUGGGAGCACCAGCUCUCUGCCGCCCACACCCAAGGCACCCACGGAUCCCGUUCCUGAACCCAAUGGCGAGUCCAAGCUCUUUGAUCUCGGCGUGACACGGCCCGCACAGAAGACGUACUCCAAGAAGUCCGCCCCGGUCACGAAGAAGAAGCUUCAAAAGAAACGCUCGGCUUUUUCGGGAAGUGAUGAACCGGGAUCCGACUGCGACAGCCGUUCAGACGACGAUCUCUCUGACUUUGAGAUCAAAGUGAACGAGACGCCGGACCCCAAUCAAAAGUCCAUCAGUUCCAUGUUCGCCAAGGCACCUCCACGUCCAGCAUGGGCCCUACCUACUGUCAAGUCAGAGCCACGAAGGGAAUUGACGUCACUGUCGCAAUCGCUACUCUCAGGAGGACUUGUUAAUAUGGGCAACACCUGCUAUCUAAAUUCCGUUCUCCAGGCCCUUCGCAACACCGCAGGAUGCACCGACACGCUCUAUUUGAUGAUGCAACGGAUCCUGGAUUUGGCGGAGGAGAGAGGUCGAAAUCUCAACUCGGGAGUUUACAGGUGGAGGAUUUUUGCGCAGGUCGUCACGAUUUUUCAGGAGCUGGAUGACAGGGAGCGCCGGAGCGAGGCGGACCAAAUUUACGAGAGGGCCUACUGUCCGAAACAGAUCAUCGAGACCCUUCGUGGUGGGAAUUCGCAGUUCAACACUUCAGGACAGCAGGAUGCACCCGAGUUUCUGCUCUACCUGAUCAGCCAUUUUGACGAUAUCCAAAAGUCAACUCAGAGGAUGGCUACCAAAGCAGCUGAUGUGCAGAAGGCCAACACCGAGACUGAAACCAAGAUUGAGACCAAGAUUGAGAACGAAGCCGCUCCUUUGACUGAAUCCUCGUCAAUGACCCCACCUCCAUCGUCGACCUUAUCUACGAACUCAUCUUUGUUCUCAUGUCCGACUACAUCCACGGUAGCGACAUCGUCAUCCGCAGUUUGGGAGCCUGUGAACGACCUUUUCCAGAUCAGCACGGAGCGCGUUCAAGUGUGUGCCAAAUGCAACAAGGUGACGACCAAGAACGACCGCGACUUUGAUCUGACAGUACAAAUCGAUACUGCGAACCCGAGAUUGGUCCGCGAUCUGGAAUGGGGCGUCACGGACACGAUGAAGCAGGAAGUCACGACGGAGGACAACAAGCGGUAUUGCGAGCGGUGCAAGACCAACGAGCACGCCCACAUAUCGAAUUUUUUUACGUGGUUGCCCAAGAUUAUGAUUUUGCGGCUCCAGCGGUCCAACUUUAUGCAGGGCGCCGUCAAGAUCCCGAAUGGCGUCGCGUGUUCGCAGCGGAUGAAUUUCAGGCAGUGGAUGUCGAGUACCUACCAAGGUGACCAUCCUGACUAUGAUGUUGAGAUCGAGACAAACAUUACUGAGCCCGACGGAGAGUCAUGGACGGAAAAGAAGUCAUACAGCUGGCUCAAGUACAACGACUCGGCCGUGGACCCGGUAUCGGAUGAAGAGAUGGAAAAGCUCUUCUUGGGAAAUGUCAAGAAGCAGAAACCGACAACCUCCAGUAGCAGCGGCGGUAGUUCAACGGAGAGUAACAAGGCUCAUCUCUCGGGAGAGGACAAGAUGGACCUUUCGGCUCUGAUGAGCAUCCUCGACAAACAUGUCGCCACUCCCUACGUGUACCUCUACCGUCGUCUCGACACCUAA